AUGUCAACAAACAACACACUGGAGCUUGAUGAUGCAAGUUCCAAUGUAAAGGAGGAAAGUUUACCGUCUACGGAAACCGUUCUGGACAAAAGUAAAAGCCUUUUUGGGAAUUCUGUUGUUCUGACUGAACCUGUACCGGGAUCAACUUCUGAAAACAAGGAGUUUGUCGAUGAUUCUUCACCAUUACUUCCGGAGAGACCAGUAUCACCGUUCUGUGGUGCUACCGAAGAACAUGAAUCAAUGGACCAGGGCGAGCCUCAGAACCUUGAAGAUAUAGAACAACCGAACGAUGAAUCUUUUGAGAAAAAAACAAUCAGCAUGGAUACGAGUGCAGCCGCCGGCGGUGUCCACGAACCGGACGCUUCUGAGUCUCCAGAAACCAAAAUGGAAGAGGAGGAUGUGAAUGGCGAUGAAGAUAAAGUCGACACAAACGAUGAAGCUCUUGCUGGCGAGGCUGUCGAAGAUAAGACUGAUGAGGAAAUUGAUGAAGAAGAAGAGGAAGAAGAAAUUCCCAAGAAAAAGGCUAAGAGAGCUGUAGUUGAUGACGAUGAAGACAAGUCUGAGGAACAAAGUUCGGAAGCCUCGGUAGCCGAUGAAGCUGAUGUAUCUGAUACGGAAAUAGCCAAAAAUUCAGUAUGCAAAGAAGAGCCAUCCGGCGCAACUCCAGAGGAGCCUUCAGAACAAAACGGUUCUCAUGUUGUAUCAACUCCAAACGGUUCUCCUUCACCGAUCGUUGACGAUGAUGCUGAAAAAGAACAACCAGAAAAUCAUUUGGAUGGCGAUGAUGAAAUUGUUGCUGAUGAAUCAACUGAAGAAGCUCCAACUACGGAAGUUGAGGAAGCUCAGGAAGCUCUAGAUGAAACCAACAAUGGAAAUAAUGAGCAUGAUAGCGGUGCCAAUACAACUGUUAACGAUGAAGGGCCAACUACACCUGCUCGUAGUAGUCGUUCCAGAAGGAAGUCAGAUGUCACUCCGAAUCCAGAUGCUUCGGCUACCAAGCGCAGUGGUAGGGGUCGCCAGUCACUUGCAAAAGGCAACGACGGAUCUUCGCAAGACACCGAAACGCCAGUACGUCGUGGACGAUCUGCAAAAACGGCGAAUUCUGCGGAACAGGAAAGUGAAGUCAGCGAAACGCCCAAAACGCCCGAAAGAUCGCGACGUUCAACAGGGAAGAACGAAGAUCCCGAACCUGUUGCAGAAGACAUUGUGGAUGGUGACCAACCAGAGGCAGCAACUCCAAAACGAGGAGGUCGUGGAAAACGUUCAAUGCCUUCUACGCAAACACCGCGCUCAACAAGAGGAAGAGGCAAAAAGGCAGACGUGGAUGAAGACGAAAAUAAUCAAUCCGCUAUUCCUAAUGACAAGGAAUCUGAAGACGGAUCAUCUACUCGGACUCCGAGAACGAGAAAGUCUACAUCGCGAGCAGCUGUGGAACAAGAAGCAGUUGAUGAGGCUGAAGUAGCAGAAACUGAGAGUUCCGAACCAACCACUUCUUCCCGUAGAUCCACGAGAGCGAAAGCGCCUGCUAAGGCGACUCCAGCAACACCAGCUACUAACAAACGAACUCCGGCUCGCGGACGAAAGAAAGAAGCGUCGAUAACGGAACAUAUGGAUGAAGAUGCUGCAGAAUCCACAGAAACCCCUUCUGCAAAAAGAGGAGGCAAGAGGAAGAUUGCACCAUCUUCGAGCUCGAAAAAAGAUGUCCAUGAUCCAUAUGACAUCGAUACUGAGAUGGAGCAUCAUCCAGAACCAUUGAAAAAUAUUCAGAUGGAGGUUCAAAGCUUUGGCUCUGUGAAGUAUGCAAAGACGGGUGAAUCAUCAUCAAAGUAUUCAAUGACCGAGAAAGCGGCUGAGUCCCGAGUUGCUGAUUUGCAGACUUCUCCCACUGAGAAAAAUAGAAGAUCGCUCGCCGAUAUGACCCCCGGAAAAGAAAAACAAAAAAGAGCAGCACCAGGAACAGGAGGGAGAAAGUCAAGAGCCAAGAAAGAGGAAACGCAGGUUAAUGAAAUUGGGAUGGAUGAAGCUCCAGAGUCGAACUCAAAUGAUACUGCAAACACGUCAAAUCGGUCCAGAAAAAGGAAGAGCGAUUUGUCAGAAUUACAACCUCCGUCUGCAAAGAGAGAUCAGCACGUUGAGGUGAAAGUAUUGGAUGAUGAGCAACAACUACUUGUAGACCACCCUCAAGAUGUAAACGAGCCGCAUGCACCAGGAGCCCGUGUUUACGCUAUUUUUCAAAAAACUUUCUACCCAGCCGUUAUACUUUCUGAGAGAGACGGUCUCGGGCGUUACAAACUUCAGUUCACCGCUGAUAAAGUUGUGAAAGACGUUCCGAACUCGGGAAUCAUUCCACUUCGUGCUUUGGUCGCUGGAAAAACCGCAUCUCUUGGUGAUGACGAGGUUCGCUUAGACUCUGGUCCAAACGAUAUCAGCGCAGAGGAAUGGUCAAAAGGAAUAUUGAAAAUCACAGUCCUCGAUUCUGAAGGGGAACCAACAGAAGUUCGCAAAGAUGUUGAUUGGAAGGAGGUAUCGUUUGAUCAAAGCGAAUGGCGAGAUUACGUUAAAAAUUUGGAACAAAAUGCGACCGCCAUCAUGAAGUCCAACAUCACAACCAUAUCGGAGGCGACUCGUCGCAAAUCAACUUUCGUAUCCCAACUCAGCAAACCAAGAAGCCGUAAGAAGAAGGAUGAUGAAGUUGCAUCGUCGAGAGGUGCAUCUGAAAGUCCUAUUGAUGAAGACGAAACACUACCGAUGAAACCAGAGGCGAUCGGGAAAAAUAUCUUCGCUGGAAAAGUGUUCAUGCUCACCUCUGCUAAUCGUUCAGAACAGGGUAAAAACGUUCCACCUAUGUUGAGGAAAAAAAACCUUAUGGCUUUCAUUGCCAAUAAUGGAGGAAUAGUCACAGAAAAACUGAAUAACUUCCAGGAGAACGAUGGAAGCCACGAACAGCUUCUCAUUUCUGAUACAUAUUAUCGAACUCAUAAAUAUCUGGCAGCGUUGGCCCGAGGAACCCCGUGUGUUAGUACUACAUGGUUGCAAGCUUGUGCUGAAAAAGGAGAGUGUCUUGACUAUACAGACUAUGUCCUUCCUGCGGGUGCGUCAAUCUUCGAUGAUUGUCGUGAUAUGCCAGCUCCUAAAAAUCCUUCGGAACUGCUCAAAGGAAUCACUAUCUAUGUACACUCGACUCAUUCUGUACGUGAAGUCACUCAAGCCGGACUUGGCGGGACAUUCGUUGAAAUCUGGAAACCUAUUCUCGAGUUGCUCGGAGCUACGGUCGUGGACGCCGAUUGGCAAACUCUUCGCGAGUCUAAGUUGAUGUUUGAUGUGGCUCUGGUCGAUGGAACGUUCCGAGAGGAAGUCAUGGAAUACGCAUCAGAAAUUAAUGCUAAACGUGUCACUUCGGAAUGGGUCAUUCAAACCAUAAUCCUGAGUCGUGCUCCUGAUGCGGCUGGUCAUCCGAAGUUUGAUCCGUACCGUUUGCAUCAUCGUACCCGUCACUAA